AUGCUGAAGCGUGCUGCGGCAAUCGUGAAGAAGUCCCGGGGUCAGGCCGGUUCGGGCACUGCCAAGCCCCGAGGCGGAGGCUUGAACUUGCGAGAGAGCCCGCUCAUGCGAUGGGCCGCACAAGCGGUCGGUACCGGUGCGAGGGCGAGCUACUUUUCCGAGAUCGCGCAGGCGGCAGAGGCUGAGUUCCAGGAACAUGGACAGUUGAGCGCCAGUCACUUGGCCUUUAUAUGGCUCCACGAUUGUUGCUGGGAACCACUUGUCAUUGAUCAUUGCUCAUUGAACUCAGGUUCUCGAUGGGCCUCUCGGUCUGGCAAGAACAAGAAUCAUGCUGAAAACAUGGUUCACAAUGCCUUGCAGCGAUCGGAUGGAGUACACGUUCCUGUGCAAUGCAAGAUCACCUACGUGGACUUGCCGAUAGCACUUGUGCGUCCACAGAAGCGGCCCCAUGCCGACAUGGAGGAUGUGGAUGCAGGAGGGCGCGGUCGUGCCCGCGGCCGUGCCUUUGGACGGCGUGGUCGUGGCGGGCGUGCCAAGCGGAAGCGUGGGGAGGUCUCGAAAACCAUAGCCUACAAAAAAUGGCCUGUGUUCCUGCCUCACCACAUGGCACAAGCUCUGAUCAAGGGAGGAGCGGCCCCGCAGAAGGGCAUGGACUGGCUGUCCUUUUGGAACCAGGCUUCGUGCGAAAUGUGGGGGCGGCCACUCAGCGGCAUCAUAUUCGGAGUGCAGUCCCACCCCACGCAAGCCUUCAGCGAUGAUGAGAAGUCCCUUGCUCACCCCAUAGCGGUGCACGGGGACGAGGGGCAGGGCAAGAAGCAGCGAGCCGUCCUUGUUCUUAGCUGGAGCUGCCUGGGCAUUCGCUCAAGGAAUGUCCUCCAUACCAAGUUCCCCUUUGCGUCUGAGAAAAUGCUGCGAUCCGAAGAGAACUUCUUUGCCUGGCCACCGAACGCUGCAGUACUGUGCUGGCAGGGGUGCCGCUGCACCAGCGACUUGCUGAACCGCCACUGGUUGGAUGCCAAGCAUUUGAGCUGGCACGAGCCUGAGCUGGUGGCGCAGCAUCUGGAUGAGUCGAUGCCGGCAACACUGCCGCUGCGGAGCCUUCCAGGGUACCAUGCCGAUAUGGAGCAGGCGGACACGCUCCACAACCUGUGGCUGGGCCCUGCCAAGGACACUCUGGGCAGCCUUUUUUUGGAUGUGGUACAGUUUCAUCCUCAGUUUACGGGCCUCAGCUGGGAGGAUGGGCUGCAAGCACUCUGCCUUCGACUUCACGACUGGCUCUCGGAAGCUUCCUUGGAUCGCUCAUGCAUAGAUGAGCUCAGCCUUUCGAAGCUUUCUGUGGAUGCGCUGCGGUUCGACUUCCCGCAAGCCUUUUCCAAGGCCUGGAGCAACCGUGUUGGACUGGCUUUUGUGGCCGCCUUUCUUCGUGACACACAGGUGGACGAACUUAAGGUGCCCGCGACGUGUGCCUGGGCGGUUACGCAAGUGGGCAUCACGAUGGACAGAGCUGGAGUCUGGUUCAGUGAGGCGGAAGCCGCACAAAUGGUGCAGUGUGGCUUGCUUUACGUUCAAAGCCACGUCUGGCUUGCUAGGGAGGCACUGCUGGCUGCCCGAGCUCGCUACAAGGUUCGCCCACGGCUACACUCCUUCUUGUGCGAGGUAGUCAUGAAGAUCCAUGAAGGGUCGCGGCUCAACCCUAAAUACACGGCCUGCUGGUCGGACGAGUCCUUCAUCGGUCGUGUCUGCGCGAUCGGCAAAGCCGCCGCUGUGCAUCCUGCCAGUCUCGGCUUGCGAAUGCUUCAGAGACUGGAGAUGCAGCUCAACGCACACUUGGCCGGGGAGUGA